AUGAAGUUUGUAAGCAUACUAUGUGGCAUUGCAACAGUUUUGAAAUGCAUUGUUGCUAAUACAGAAGCUUUUAACCUUCAUAUUCCUCGCGAUUUCCCCCUGCACCCCACUGAAGUUAGUUCAUCGAAUGAUGGCCGUGUUGGACGUCAACUUGGAACACACUAUUUUCCAAGCAUGUCGCUCUACAACAUUAAUCAUAAGCUGCAGGUUUACCCUGUUCCGCUUAAUGACACUUUCUACAUACAGCUUACUGAUUUAAAGCAGGAUGAGACUUACCAGAUAAGAAUAUGCUGGACUGCUAUGCAUCCUGUAAACGUGGAAGGGCUCGGGUAUCAAAUUGUCGCCCAUGAUGUUAACUUCCAAGGGACCGUUGCAGAUGACGCUCGUAUAUUUGUUCAUUUCAAGGUGGUUCCGCAGUGUUAUCCACCAAUUAAUGCAGAUACAAUCCCGAUCAACGUUUCGGUGGUGAACAUCAAGAUGGGCAUUCCAGUAGAUCUGUAUUCUGUGGUAUUUUACAUUCUAUUGGUGCUAGGUGCUGUAUCCUACCUUGUGCAACAUUCCAAUCCAUACCAGCUAUUGAAAAAUGCUAGGUAA